GCUUCCUAUUCAAAUCGACUAAAGCAAGUUAAAAUUCCCGGACACAGACAUAGAAUUUAACUUUAUUCCAUCUUGUCUCUCUGGUGGGCGAUAUUUGUGACGUCACCCAAAUAUGGAACAUAAGUGAUCCAGUCCAAACAGGUGAGCUUGAUGAGCGACUAAUUGCUGCACCGCACGCCCUAUAAAUUCAAGUGUGACAUCGAGCACUACGGGAGAAUCAUUUCUUAUAAAAAAAAAAACGUGUUAACAACCACAACAACAAAAAAUGUCUGAUGAUCUUUCAAAGAGGAGAGGCAAGAGUUCCGGUGAGAAAAGGGCCAAGAAAAAGGUCAAACGUAAAGAAACGUACGCCAUGUACAUCUACAAAGUUUUGAAACAGGUUCAUCCCGACACGGGAAUUUCCAGCCGAGCCAUGAGCAUCAUGAAUUCGUUCGUCAACGACCUGUUCGAGAGAAUCGCCACCGAGGCGUCGCGUUUGGCUCAGUACAACAAACGCGCCACCAUCACCAGCCGCGAAGUGCAGACCGCCGUCCGGCUGCUGCUGCCCGGCGAGCUGGCCAAGCACGCCGUGUCCGAGGGCACCAAGGCGGUCACAAAAUACACCAGUUCCAAAUGA